AUGUUCCUCACAGUCAAGCUGCUCCUGGGCCGGAGAUGUAGCCUGAAGGUGUCGGGGCGAGAGAGCGUGGCCAUGCUGAAGAAGCUGGUGUCCGAGCGGCUGCGGGUGCCCGAGGAGCAGCAGCACCUGCUCUUCCGCGGCCAGCUUCUGGCGGAUGACAAGCGUCUCUCCGACUACUGCAUUGGGCCCAAUGCCUCCAUCAAUGUCAUCAUGCGGCCCCUGGAGAAGACGGUGCCCGAGGAGGCCCACCAGCCCCAGCCCCUGUGGCACCAUCUGGGCCAGGUCCUAGCCAAACACUUUGGGCCCCAGGACACCGAGGCAGUGCUGCAGCUGCUGAGGCAGGAGCACGAGGGGCGCCUGCAGAGGAUAAGCCUGGGGGAGCUGGAGCAGCUGGCGCACUACCUCCUGAGCAAGGAGCCGCUCGCGGAGCCCGCGGGGGAGCGGGGGCCUGCGGCUCAGAGACCCGGAGACGAGGAGGAGGAGAAGGAGGAG